AUGAACUACAAUAUGAAUAGUUUGGACAAGUCUCUCAUAGAGCUUCAGGACAUGCUUAAAACUGCUGAGAGAAGUAUAAAUUCCAUUUCGGAAGUAUCCAAACCAAAACAGGUUCUGAUGAUCAAACCUAAAAGUGUGAUAGCCAAAAAGAAAAGGGUGGUUCCCAAGGGUAAAACAAAGGUUGGAAGUUCCAAUAAGGAUAAGAACAAGGGAAAAUUUCCUGAAAACGUAGUCUGCUUCAAUUGUAAUCAAAAGGGACACUGGAAGAGAAUUUGUCCAGCCGUACUGGCAGAGCAAAAGAAGAAGAAGGCUACUGCAGCCGGAACUUCAC